ACCAUGGACGAUGAUCUGAUGGAUACUGACAGUGGCAGCUCAGGGCACGAUGAUACUCACCUCGAUGAUACCGAUUUGCAGACCCUCAAUCUCGCUGGCAAUGGCGAGACAUAUGAUGACGAGGAUAUGGACCUGGACGACUCGAGGUCGACUUCUGAAAACGAUUUCGAAUCCGGUGCCGAUGACGAGCCCUGCAAUGACAGUUUAGCUUCCAUCUCCACAUCACCGAUUACAAGUCUAGGCGGAGGACUCAAGUGGCACGAAGGCGAUCCUUUACUCAGAAAGAUCGGCCUCGAAAGGCUGAAUGACAAGGGAUACGUGAACCUGGAGACAAUCUGUACAGAUCGUACCUUCGGCUACUCUGGCGGUCGAGCCCUGCGCGCAGCAAGAUGGCGAGCAAAGCAUGAAGUCCAGAUGGGCUUGUGCGUCCAUAUCAACGAACCAUCCAAAGCAAAGAGCAAGACCAAAACAAAGUAUGGGAAGCUAGAUGAGUUUCAUCGAAUCCAUCCCAUCUUUCGUCAGGACAACUGGACCACGGACGAUCUGUUGAUAGGGAACGAAACAAACUGUGCAUUCAAGAAGUUGAAACCAGUAUUGCAACUAGCCACUCUGCCUUUGGAGGAUGAAAAUGUGGUGGGUUACAUAUAUGGCAUGCUCGACAUCGAUAGCCACAAGGAAAUCACCCUUGCGGGUGUCAGAGAAAGGCUGAAACGGGAAGCAUACUGGUUCGAAAAACGCCACAACCUCAGAGAUACAGAAAGACAGAGAGUUUGGAAAGAUCUUUAUGAGCUGUCGAAAAAUCUCUGGUGGACCGAAAAGGACAUGACUGGCGAAAAGGAGAGCCUUCAUGCUUACACGAGGGGCGAACAAGGUUCCAUCGAGAUUGUCCUUGACAAGCGUCACAUCGACUAUGUCUGUAGAGAAUGCUCGCCUAUCGAGGAUGCCAUCGACUGGACACCGGGCUCAGAGGAAGAGUCUGCUCGGCUGAGAGUAAAGUUCAAUCUCGCCACAACAAUGGUCCACGAAGUCAUGCAUGCGCUAUGGCGCAACAAGUACUACCCAAAGUAUGAGCCUUUCUAUAUGGACACGAGAGCUGCAGAGUUGGGAUUUCAAUGGGAGCAACUGCUAUACUCUGGUCAGAUCGAUAAUCCUACUGGAGACAGAGGAAGCCCUUAUAUUUUAUCAAUCAAUAAAUGGCCCUUCCCAGGCGGCACAGAAGAAGACUCCAAAAAAACACUCAUGAGUCACAAGAAGUGGGGACUGAGUAACGUUCAACAGGACUUUGCCGUUGAAAUGAGUUUCGUCCAGGGCAUGUUUACACACGAGUUCUGGGCCGAAGUCGAUCGAUAUGGAAUCUCUAACUUCUGGCCGCGAAGAAUGCUGGGUGUACGCAGUACUAUGAUCUCGCAAUAUUGGGAAGAUGAGAGCCCUACCGUCAGAGGUCCUGUUGAUGGCACACCACCGAGUCGAAAUGGUGCAGAUGCUAGGGGCAUCAUUGACAGGCAUUGA